AUGUUGUCUAGAUCAUAUUUGCGCUCGAUGCGCUCGGUCGGAGCUGCGCGGAACGCGGCCGUUAACACAUCAAAGCGUGCUGCUUCUUCGAGCUCGUCGACCGCAAAUGCCGCUUCCCCUUUCGCUUUGAACCUUGCUGGUACCACUGCUACUGCCGUAGCUGUCGGAACAAUGGCUUGGUAUUAUCAUCUAUAUGGUCCUGAGCUACACGCAAUGACACUUGCUGAAGAAGGUCUCCACGCCACAAAAUACCCAUGGGUUCACGAGAAAUACUUAAAGACAUUCGAUCACCAAGCUCUUCGUCGAGGUUUCCAGGUUUACCAAGAAGUUUGCGCUUCAUGCCACUCCCUUAGCCGAAUUCCAUAUCGAUCCUUGGUCGGUGUCACCCACACGGUCGAUGAGGCAAAGGCGAUGGCCGAAGAAAAUGAAUACGAUUCCGAGCCAAAUGACGAGGGUGAAAUCGAGAAACGACCAGGAAAGCUUUCCGAUUAUCUCCCAAGUCCAUACAAGAACGAUGAGGCUGCACGUGCUGCCAACAAUGGUGCUUUGCCACCAGAUCUUUCUUUGAUGGUCAAGGCUCGUCACGGUGGAUGCAAUUAUAUCUUCAGUUUGUUGACUGGUUACCCCGAGGAGCCACCAGCUGGUGCCACCGUUCAAGAAGGACUCAACUUCAACCCAUAUUUCCCCGGUACUGGAAUCGCCAUGGCCCGUGUUUUGUACAACGAAUUGGUCGAAUACGAGGAUGGUACUCCAGCUUCAACCUCCCAGAUGGCCAAGGAUGUUGUUGAAUUCUUGAACUGGGCGGCAGAGCCAGAGAUGGACCAGAGAAAGAAGAUGGGAAUGAAGGUUCUUGCCAUUACAUCCGCCCUUUUCGCAUUGAGUGUCUGGGUCAAGAGAUACAAGUGGUCCGCAAUCAAGACAAGAAAGAUCCAGUACACUGCACCACAGAUGGGAGGACGAAAUGCCCCAAAGCAUUAA